GGGAAACCCAAGCGCUGGCUUUCGGCAGCCUGCAAGCGCGGCGAGCGAAGACCUCGGAGCCGCCGCCGCCGCCGCUUCCUUUUUCCUACGCUUCAAGAAACCUCCUCCUCCUCCUCCUCCUCCCUCCUCCUCCAACUGCUCGGACGGCGUGUGCAAGGGAGAGGGCGAGGGGACGGGAGGAAAGCGGGUGCCCGCUUCGGUGAGCUGAGGGGGACGGACACGGCGGAGCUCCCUCGCCCACGCCCGCCUUCCCACCUCCUCUCAGGAGCCGCACUUUCGGCUCUCCGUCGCGGGCGCCGGCCGGAGCCAUCUUCGGGUAAGAGCAGCUCGACGGCGGCGCUCGGCUCCUCCCCUUUCACAACUACCUACUUCUUAGCGCUACAAGUCGGCGAGGAGACCGGUCGGCUUCGGGUUGCCGCCUCGGACCGGCGUCGGGCAGCGGCUCGGAUUGCAUCUUCAAUGGCUGGAGAAAGAUUGAUCAAGUGGCUGAAAUGAAUAUGAACACUAUCUUGGAAGAGAUUCUGAUUAAAAGAUCACAACAAAAGAAAAGGACAUCUCCUUUAAAUUACAAAGAGAGGCUAUUUGUGCUUACAAAAUCCAUGUUAGCGUAUUAUGAAGGUCGUGCAGAGAAAAAGUACCGAAAAGGAUCAGUUGACAUUUCCAAAAUCAAGUGUGUGGAAAUCGUGAAGAAUGAUGCUUUAGUUAUUCCCUGUCAAAAUAAAUACCCAUUUCAGGUUGUGUAUGAAAACAGCACACUUUAUAUUUUUGCUCCCACUGCAUACAGUAGAGAUCAGUGGGUAAGGAACUUGAAAGAAGAAAUAAAAAACAACAAUAAUAUAAUGGUUAAGUACCACCCUAAAUUCUGGACAGAUGGAAUCUACCAGUGCUGCAGACAAACAGAAAAAUUAGCGCCUGGAUGUGAAAAAUAUAACCUCUUUGAAAACGGUAUGAAGACUUUGCCUCCAUCAAUGCCGGAUAAAAGUAAGAGAAGGCCCCCACCCCCUGUUCCCCAGGAAGAAGAGGAGGAAGAGGAAGAAAUAGUAGUAGCCAUGUAUGACUUUCAGCCCACGGAACCUCAUGACUUGAGACUGGAAAGAGGUCAAGAAUAUACCAUCCUUGAAAAAAAUGACAUUCACUGGUGGAAAGCAAGAGAUAAAUACGGAAGCAAAGGAUAUAUUCCAAGCAACUAUGUAACAGGAAAGAAGUCCAACAGUCUAGAUCAAUAUGAAUGGUACUGUCGAAAUCUAAACAGAAGCAAAGCUGAACAACUCCUAAGAAAUGAAGAUAAAGAAGGUGGUUUCAUGGUGAGGGACUCUAGCCAACCAGGUUUAUAUACAGUAUCACUUUAUGCAAAAUUUGGAGGAGAAGGGUUAUCUGGAAUAAGACACUACCAUAUUAAAGAAACGAUGACAUCACAAAAGCAGUACUACCUAGCUGAAAAACAUUUAUUUGACUCCAUUCCUGAGCUAAUUGAGUAUCAUAAACACAACGCUGCAGGUCUUGUUACAAGAUUACGAUACCCAGUGACUCCAAAGGUGAAGCCCUCCCCAACCACGGCAGGAUUCAGUUAUGAGAAAUGGGAGAUCAAUCCUGCCGAGCUCACCUUCAUGAGAGAGUUGGGCAGCGGCCUUUUUGGCGUGGUGCGCCUUGGCAAAUGGAGAGCGCAAUAUAAAGUGGCCAUCAAAGCAAUCCGAGAAGGUGCAAUGUAUGAAGAGGACUUCAUAGAAGAAGCUAAAGUGAUGAUGAAGUUGACGCAUCCAAAAUUAGUCCAGCUGUAUGGUGUCUGCACCCAGCAGAGACCUAUUUACAUAGUGACAGAGUUCAUGGAGCAUGGCUGCCUUCUGAAUUACCUUCGGCAAAGACGUGGACACUUUACGAAAGACCAUCUGUUGACAAUGUGCCAGGAUGUUUGUGAAGGGAUGGAGUACCUGGAGAGAAACAGCUUUAUUCACAGAGAUCUGGCUGCUAGAAACUGCUUAGUGAACGAAUCAGGGGUGGUGAAAGUGUCUGACUUCGGAAUGACAAGAUAUGUGCUUGAUGACCAGUACACAAGCUCUUCAGGUGCUAAGUUUCCUGUGAAGUGGUGCCCCCCAGAGGUUUUCAAUUAUAGCAGGUUCAGCAGCAAGUCAGAUGUCUGGUCUUUUGGUGUUCUCAUGUGGGAAGUAUUUACUGAAGGCAAAAUGCCCUUUGAGACAAACACGAACUAUGAAGUAGUGACUAUGGUUAGCCAAGGACACCGUCUAUUUCGGCCAAAGUUAGCAUCUAAGAAUAUUUAUGAUGUGAUGUUGCUGUGCUGGCAUGAGAAACCGGAGGGACGCCCUACAUUUCAGGAUUUGCUGCAGAUGAUUGAUACCAUAGCAGAGGAUGCUUCCUGAAAAGGCAUGAGAGGAACAAAGUUGUUCACAGUAGAGACCGCAUUCUGAAAAGCCAUGCUCCUGGGUGUUGCUUCAAAGGGCCACACACACAGAGAGGACAACAAUGCAGAGUUUCCUUCUCCUUAAAAGGAAGUGUUUUGCCAAGAUAGCCAUAGUUUGCUCAGCCAUUUAAACAGUCUGUGAAGUAGACACUGAUGAGGGUUGAUGAGGUGGAAAACAUGGUUCUUGGCUGGGGGGAAGAAACAGGACGGAACCACACUUUGAGCCCUAAAUUGCAGAGCAGUAACUGGAUUUUAUAAGUCUCUUCCCACUUCUAUCAACCAAAUGUUGAGGAGUGGCAAGGACUAGAUUCUUCAGCAGCAAUGUUUCCAAGGCUUUCCUGAAAAUGCAGUGUAACAUUGGCUCACCAAAGCUAUAAAUAUUGCCGUUCGCUCAUGAUCUUGCAGUGCUCUUUUGUUUUGCUUCCUUUAAUGGCACUGCAGCACCUCUCAGCUGUUCCACCUCAAAUGAAGGACCGUGUUCUUUUAAUCUUCUCACCUGGACUUUUUCUACAGAAUAACUGUAGAGGCAGACCAGAAGCUAGUCCUAUGGCCACUGCUACUCUGUGCAUUGUAGCACUUAGCGGAUAGAGAAGUGGUAACUGGAUAGUGCGCUAUAUUAGCAGAGGCUGGAUUACAAAUCCCUCUUCACCAAUGGAACGCAUAUGGGGAUUGUGGGCCAAUUGCUAUCUUUCAACCUAACCUACCUCACAGGGUUGUUGAGAGGCCAAAGGGAGAGAGGACAAGAGAUUCUCUUGAGUUUCUUAGAGGAAGGGUGGGAUUUAAAAAAAUAUGUAGAAGUUCUAGUGGAUGACAAGCUGCUGCAAUUCACCCUGAGUCUAUGGAUUAGGAAAAUGUAUUAAAUAAAGAAGAAAACCUUCUUAGGGGGGACUUUGACACAGCAUUCAUAUUUAUAUUUCACAUCCUGUAAAUAUAUACACUGCACACAUGUGUUUAUAUGAAUGGGACUUUAGGUUUUCUUGAAAGAUUUGAAAAGUACAACUUGUUGAAUCCUUUUUAUGUUGCACAUGUAGUUGAACACAUCGCCAAGAGCUGAAAGAGUAAAGUUUCAGCGUUAUUAUAAACUGAAGAGUUCUUGGUCAGUGUGCUGCAGUUGAUAAAAUGCUCUUCGCAACCCUUAUAAAAUAUUGUACCAAAAAUGUGUCUAAUAAAUACCGGUAAUAUGCAUAUUGUUUGAAAUCUUGAUAAAGGCUGUGCCACUGAUUUUUAA